GAGGGAUUGGAGGGCGGUCCCGAGAUGAGAAAAUGUAUUGAAGGAGGCUGAGGGUCCGCAAAAAGUGGGUACAGGUGGAGAACCUGAGAGAAUUUGGACUGAGAGGCCUAGACGGAAAGAAAUGGAGGCGUGGGAAGCUGCGAGAAACAGACAGGGAGGUUUAGGGAGGAGGGAAGCCGAGAACUGCAGAGAUGGAGGGCAAGAACUGGAUGGGUGCCAUCGAGAGAGGCUCACGGAGCUUACGAGAGAAAUGUGGUCGAACCGGGAACUUGGGAGGUGGAGGGAAAGACCAUAGCGGAAACUAACAAACGGAAAUAGACCGAGGAGGACGCUUUAAGUAGGGGAACGAAAGACUGAAUCAUGAGGAGAGACCACUACUCAUAGAAAGACGGGGACAGUGAACUAGAGAGAACCAGACAAAAGCUGGCGGCCUGGAAACCAGGGUGAACUCGUGUCCACCCCAGAGGUCGCGGCAGGAGCCCUGAGGAGCCCUCUGUGUCACCAGCUUGCCCCGGGCCCCUGGCCACUCACUCUGCCAUCGCCUGUGCCACCCAUGAGGAGGAAACUUAGCUCUGUGAAGAGAAGGAGGUCCCUUAUUGCAGGCACGGACCCCUCCCUGCGGGAGGCCGGGAAUGGAUGAGAACGUUUGGUCCCCGUGGUCAGAACUGAGGCUGCUUUUGUGACCGAGUCGUGAUUGGGUCCAACAUGCCUCCUCCCAGAACAAGGGAGGACCGGGGUCACCGGGACCGACCCCGGGCUUCAGGUGGGGAGGAGGCCCCAGAGAAGUGGGACUGGAAUCACCCAGAGACCCGGCGUCUCUUCGAGGAUGCCUUCUUCGGGGAGGAGGAUUACAUCCGCCAGGGUUCGGAGGAGUGCCAGAAGUUCUGGACCUUCUUCGAACGCUUACAGAGGUUCCAGCAUCUCAAGACCACCAGGAAAGAGGAGAAAGACCCUGGGCAGCCCAAGCACAGCAUCCCCGAACUGGCCGACCUCCCUCGCACUUACGACCCUCGUUACCGCAUCAACCUGUCCGUCCUCGGCCCUGACCCUCGGGGCUCUCGGGGGCUGGGCAGGCGCCUGCCCCCGGAGAGGGUGUCCGAGUUCCGCCGAGCCCUGCUGCACUACCUGGAUUUUGGCCAGAAGCAGGCGUUUGGGCGGCUGGCCAAACUGCAGCGUGAGCGGGCGGCGCUGCCCAUCGCCCAGUACGGGCAGCGCAUCCUGAAGACACUGAAGGAGCAUCAGGUGGUGGUGGUGGCAGGUGACACAGGCUGUGGCAAGUCCACUCAGGUGCCCCAGUACCUGCUGGCCGCUGGCUUCAGUCACGUGGCAUGCACCCAGCCCCGGCGAAUCGCCUGCAUCUCACUGGCCAAGCGAGUUGGCUUUGAGAGCCUCAGUCAGUACGGCUCACAGGUCGGCUACCAGAUCCGCUUUGAGAGCACGCGCUCGGCGGCCACCAAGGUUGUGUUCCUGACGGUGGGGCUGCUCCUGAGGCAGAUCCAGCGGGAGCCCAGCCUGCCCCAGUACCAGGUCCUGAUCGUGGAUGAGGUCCACGAGCGCCACCUCCACAACGACUUCCUCCUGGGCGUCCUCCGGCGCCUGUUGCCCGAGCGGCCUGACCUCAAGGUCAUCCUCAUGUCGGCCACCAUCAACAUCUCGCUCUUCUCCAGCUACUUCGGCAACGCCCCCGUGGUGCAGGUGCCCGGGAGGCUCUUCCCCAUCACGGUCGUGUACCAGCCGAUUGAGGCGGAGCCGACCGCGUCCAAGUCGGAGAAGCUGGACCCGCGGCCCUUCCUGAGGGUGCUCGAGGCCAUUGACAACAAGUACCCACCCGAGGAGCGGGGCGACCUCCUCGUCUUCCUCAGCGGCAUGGCGGAGAUCAGCGCCGUGCUGGAGGCUGCGCAGACCUACGCCAGCCACACCCAGCGCUGGGUGGUGCUGCCGCUGCACAGCGCCCUCUCAGUGGCCGACCAGGACAAGGUGUUUGAUGUGGCGCCCCCUGGAGUCCGGAAAUGCAUCCUCUCCACCAACAUCGCUGAGACCUCAGUUACCAUCGAUGGGAUUCGCUUUGUAGUAGAUUCGGGGAAGGUGAAGGAGAUGAGCUACGACCCCCAGGCCAAACUGCAGCGGCUGCAGGAAUUCUGGAUCAGCCAGGCCAGCGCGGAGCAGCGCAAGGGCCGCGCAGGCCGCACGGGCCCUGGCGUCUGCUUCCGCCUCUACGCUGAAUCGGACUACGAUGCCUUCGCCCCUUACGCUGUCCCGGAGAUUAGGAGGGUAGCCCUGGACACGCUGGUGCUGCAGAUGAAGAGCAUGAGUGUGGGAGACCCCAGGACCUUCCCCUUCAUCGAGCCCCCACCCCCAGCCAGCCUGGAAACGGCCAUCCACUACCUCCGGGACCAGGGCGCCCUGGACAGCUCAGAGGCCCUCACCCCCAUCGGGUCCCUGCUGGCCCAGCUGCCUGUGGAUGUCGUGAUUGGGAAGAUGCUCAUCCUGGGCUCCAUGUUCCACCUGGCGGAGCCCGUGCUCACCAUCGCGGCCGCCCUCAGCGUCCAGUCGCCCUUCACCCGCAGCGCCCAGAGCAACCCGGAGUGUGCGGCUGCGCGGCGGCCCCUGGAGAGUGACCAGGGCGACCCCUUCACGCUCUUCAAUGUCUUCAACACCUGGGUGCAGGUGAAAUCCGAACGGGGCGGAAACUCGCGUAAGUGGUGCCGCCGCCGGGGCAUAGAGGAGCAUCGGCUGUACGAGAUGGCCAACCUGCGGCGCCAGUUCAAGGAGCUGCUGGAGGACCACGGGCUGCUGGCGGGGGCCCAGGCCCCGAGGCCCAGGGACAGCUACAGCCGGCUGCAGCAGCGCCGGGAGCGCCGGGCGCUGUACCAGCUGAAGCGGCAGCACGAGGAGGGCGGGGCGCGCAGGCGCAAGGUGCUGCGGCUGCAGGAGGAGCAGGAGGGAGGCUCCAGCGACGAGGACCGGGGCGCAGCCCCUAGGGAGGCCAGCGACAAUGUGGACAUCCAGGACGUGAAGUUUAAGCUGCGGCACAACCUGGAGCAGCUGCAGGCGGCCGCCAGUUCUGCCCAGGCGCUGACGGGGGACCAACUGGCUCUGCUGAAGCUGGUGCUGGGCCGGGGCCUCUACCCGCAGCUCGCCGUCCCAGACCCGUUCAACAGCGGCCGCAAGGACUCUGACCAGAUUUUCCACACCCAGGCCAAGCAGGGCACGGUGCUGCACCCCACCUGCGUCUUCGCCAACAGCCCCGAGGUGCUGCACACAAAGGAGCCGGAGACCAGGGCCGGGGAAGGGAGCCGAGACGACAGGGACAGGAUGAGCAGCAGGCACCAGCUCCUCACCUUCGUGUCCCUGCUGGAGACCAACAAGCCGUACCUGGUGAACUGCGUCCGCAUCCCUGCCCUCCAGUCUCUCCUGCUGUUCAGUCGGGCCCUGGACACCAAUGGUGACUGCUCCCGCCUGGUGGCCGACGGCUGGCUGGAGCUCCAGCUCGCCGACAGUGAAGGCGCCGUCCGGCUCCUGGCGGCUUCCCUGCGUCUCCGGGCCCGGUGGGAAAGUGCCUUGGACCAGCAGCUGGCCCGGCAGGCCCAUCAGGCCCGUGGGCGUGGGCGGGGGCAGCGGGAGGACGAGGAAGAGGAGGAGGAGGCUCCGGUCAACCGCCAAGAGGUGGCGGCACUGAGCAGGGAGCUGCUGCAGUUCAUGGCAUCCAAGGUUCCCUACAGCCUCCGGCGGCUCACGGGGCUGGAAGCUCAGAACCUCUAUGUGGGACCCCAGACCAUCACAACUGCCCCCAGUCUCCCCGGCCUCUUCGGCAGCUCUGCCCUGUCCCCCCACCCCACCAAGGGGGGCUACGCAGUCACGGACUUCCUCACCUAUAACUGCCUCACGAGUGACACGGAUCUGUACAGCGACUGUCUCCGCACCUUCUGGACCUGCCCCCACUGCGGCCUGCACAUGCCCCUCACACCCCUGGAGCGCAUCGCCCACGAGAACAGCUGCCCCGAGGCCCCGCGGGACGGCCCUGCCGGGGCCGAGGAAGCCACCCCUGAGCCCCAGCAGAAGACGUCAGCCCUGCAGAGGCCUUACCGCUGCGAGGCCUGUCAGAAAGACUUUCUGUUCACGCCCACGGAGGUGCUGCGGCACCGGAGGCAGCACGUGUGAGCCUCGCUGGGCCCGGGGAUUCCACCUGAACCCCCACCCUGGGCUCAGAACCACGGUCUGGUGCCCCCCGUGCUCCCCCGUGGGGAGGGGGCGUGAAUAAACUCUGACACACUGGGUCGGACCCCCAGGCCUGUGCCUGUCCGCCCAGAGGGGAGCGGCGGCCCGCUGGUCCUCCCCGUGGUCCCGCUCUCGGGCUGGCCCAGCGGCCGUGGGGCAGGUGUGGCUGAGCGGGACUUCAGACCUGGGGCAGGACCCUGGCGCCCCCGCCCUCCCGAGUCUGCGCUCAGGGCCUCUGCUUCCCUGUGAGUGAGGGAGGCCUGCACUGCCGUCCGCCCGUGUCACUUCAGGAGUUGGUGAGGAGCGAGUGUGGUGUUCGAGUGAGACCACGGGGGCUCCACGGGACCCACAGGCGCCGGGCCAUUCCUGCGGUGGGGCCCAUGGGCGGUUCUCAGCUGUCCCCUCGGGACCUUCGGCGAUGCUGCCCUGCCCCUGCUGUGGAUGCGUCCCCUUCCCUGGUGGCCUUGGCUGGUAGCCACACUGCUCCUCCCCUCCCUACCCGGAUGCAGGGGGGCCUACCCUGCCCUCGCCUCCCUCUGUCCCCACUCACCUCCCGGGGAGCUCAUACAGCCCCCAGCUUCCUGCCAACCCCCCCCCCAGCUUCUCCCCCAGUCCUGACCACUGUCCUGAGCCUCGGCUCCCGGCUCCACCCCCACUGUGGCCAGCUGCACCCUUGGCAUCGACCCUUGUAGCCUCACAGGUGUCAGGGGCAUCACCCCACACCAACUGGGGCCUCCCUGGGGCAGCCCCCUCUCACUAGGAAGUGUGUAAGUGAUGCUCCGUUCUCUCAGCCGGUUUCCAUUCAUGUGGUUCUCUCCGGCUCGCUCCCCGCCUCUGUCCCUCCCCGACCAGCCAAGACGUCUGAGCUUUCCUUUUGGGAGUUCGUGUCCCCAAAUCGGGGCCUCUGCCCCCACUCGGAAAGGUGCAGCCCAAGCCCUCCAUGUCACCCAGGUCCCUCUCUCCCGCCUGCAUGCGCUCUUAGCCAGUCCCAUUGGCCCCCCCUCCUGAACGGGUCCAGAAUCGGACCCCAGGCCUCUGCCACCCCACAUGGGGAAGGGCCAGCUGCCUCCUCACGGGUCUCUCAGGCGGCCGUGGGUCGGGUUGGCAGUGUGUCCUUCCAUUGCACCUGGUAGAACUCCGCUCCAUCACCCGUGCGUGUGGAAAUAGAGCGUUCGCACUUCUCCAAACCUGGAUUACACCCCACGGGUCUGCGACGCUCCCUGAAGGUGGUGCGGAGAGCUUUCUGAGUCACGCAGAGCCCGUUCAUUCUGUGAGGCCGCAGAGUGAGCCAUUGUGUGGCCUCACUGCACCACUGCACGUUGGCGUAACUGGGCCUGUGUGGGCAGACGGGUCCUGGAGAAAGGGAGAGAGAGAAAGACAGUGUUUGGUUGCCUCCCAUAAGCGCCCAGGCCCAGGAUCGAACCCGCAACCCAGGUAUGUGCCUGGCCGGGAAUCAAACCCCAAGCCUCUUGGUGAUGGGACAACGCUCCAGCCUGCUGAGCUACACCGGCCAGGGUCGGCGGGUACAUCUUUUGUUCCUAUAAACGAAGCUGGAGGCGGCAUCGCUGGUCCACGUCAGGGUGCAUUUGUGCAGGUCAUUCCAUAGAUUCCCCCCAAAUGUCCUUCCUACGCCUGCACCCACUUAUUCACACUAUUUCUGCUUCCCUGGUUGCCAGGGACCCGAGCAUCUCUGCAUAUUGUUCUGGGCCCUCCGUAUUUCCUCUCCUGCGCUGGCUCCAUCUUUGACUACGUGUUUCCCCAGAUGCUUUGCCAUUUUCUUACUGGUGUGUGAUAGCCCUUUAUGUAUUCUGGAUCUUAAGCUUUGUCAUAGAGGUUAUGAACCUUCCAGCCUGCGGCUUAUCUUUCGGCUCUGUUUAAGGUGACGACUCAGAAUUGUUCCACUUUUUGGUUGUUAAGUCUCUGUCUUCUGCAUUUUGCAGCCCAAAGAAUUAAAAAUAGAGAAAUAAAUGGGUGAAAGGAGAUACUGCCUCAAAACCUUCCUGCUCCCGUCCAGCCGAAUCUAAUGACAUACGACUCUCAGGAGUGUUCUUGCUUUCCCUUCUCUUUCCAUGUUAAACAUAAAAUAAAAAGAGCCUUCCACGGGCAGAAGCAGUCGACGAAGCUGGCCAGCCAGCGCCCACCAAAACGCCUUCAUUAACCAUCCCCAACGUCUGGCCCAGUAACUCCAUCCUCGGGAGUUGGGAGAAGGUGGCUGUCCGGGUGUGUGUCAGAAUUGAGGGACCCAGGGGCCACAGACCCUCAAGGGUGACUCUGUGGCCCUUAACAGUACCGGAGUCUUUAUCCGCGGAUUACCUGGAGCGCCAGGUGGGGCGGUGGCUUUGCGGCUCCCACCGCUGCGCGGAGUAACCCCGGGAGCCGUCCUUUCUCCCCGGAGCAGAUGAAAAGGGUCGAAGCCGCUCACCGCCGGCCAGUCUGCGGGGAAGCGACACCUUCACCCGCCUCGCAGGGCGCUGGUGUGACUUCUCUGGACCGCAGUUUAGCAGCAUCUUUCAAAAUGCGAAGUGCAUUCAGCAGUCUCGCAGGACGUCCUCUCGGAGCGGAACACAGAAAGGUGCUGCGGUCCUAUGUGAACGGCCGCUGAACGGCGCGGAGAGUUUUCCCGGACAGCGAAGCGUGCCGGGCCACCGGCAUCCACAACAGGAAACAAACUGUGACCGGCCCCCGGCAGCCGUUCUAAUGAUAUUUACUUUGGUUUUAAUGGCAUUUUUGUGGCUAAUGUCAAGCAUUUUUUCAUAAGCUUAUUAACCAUUAAUGUGCAGUGGCAGCUCAGUACUGGUCGUUAAUUCGUUCUGGAACUCGCGACUAGGGCUGAAACCGACCAGUGCCCAUCCAUGAAGCAAAAUUCGGGCCAGGGGCGUGACCCAUACAAGUUCUAGUGAGUGUGACGAGUCGGAGCAAGCUACCGAGCAAGCGAUCGCCCAGCACAGAGGCUUUUUCUCACCAAACCGCAAUGAGUACCAAGAUUGACGGGUGCCACCCUGGCUGGCGUAGCUCAGUGGAUUGAGUGCGGCCUGCAAACCCAAGGAUGCGGUUCGAUUCCCAGUCAGGGCACAUGCGUGGGUUGCAGGCCAGUUCCCAGCAGGGGACGCAGGAGAGGCAACCACACAUUGAUAUUUCUCUCCCUCUCUCCUUCCCUUCCCCUCUAAAGAUAAAUGAAUAAAAUCUUAAAAAAAAAAAAAAAAAGAUUGAUGAGUUCAGAAGCCCAUGAGUACCGAAGUAUGACUGUACUUUUUGUAACUUACUUAAAUGUCUUACCUCUUAUAAAGGGCUGUGUGUCAUAUUGAUUUGAGCUAUUUAUAUAAUAAAGAUAUGUUUUAUAUGUUUCUUUAA